CGACCAUGAAAACAAGGAAGUGAAGACAGGGAACUUUGACUAGGCUGCUGUGUUUUUGUUGUCAGGAAGGCCCCGAUUUUACUUCAGCGAUCAAGACUGCCUCCGUGUCUCAAAUUCUUUGUCGACAUUAACCAAUUCACGGAAAAUGAACAACAAAGGCUCAUAUCCUCAGCAAGCUGUGUACCCCCAGCAGAGCUCUGCCCCCAUGUACCCCCAAACUAUGCAGGUCCCUGCCCAGGCACCUCCUUACUCUGAUGCACCUCCGGCGUACUCUGAGAUCUACCAGCCCAGGUACAUGCACGCACCCCCUGCUCCUGGUCAGAUGGCGCAGAUGUCCUCCGCCUACCCAGGCACUCAGAUGUUCAUGCCCUUGCCACAGACGAUGCCUGUGGGGACUAUGGGCCCUAAUGUCCCGAUGGCCUAUUAUCCUAUGGGGGCGGUGUACCCCCCAGGCUCCACAGUCCUGGUGGAGGGGGGCUUUGAUGCAGGAGCUAGAUUUGGAACCAGCAGCAAUCCUGCCCUUCCUCCACCUCCUCCUGGAUGCCCAGCUAAUGCUGCCCAGCUAGCUGCCAUGCAGGGAGCCAACGUGAUGAUGACACAGCGCAAGAACAACUUCUUCAUGGGUGGCUCCAAUGGGGGCUACACCAUCUGGUAACAGCGGCCUCUACCCCAGGCUUGUUCCUCUCUGUCACCCUAAAGCCCCCUUCUCUCUCUCACUCUCUCUCUAGCUUUCUACCUCUCUCUUCUCUCUCUACCCACUCUCUCUCUCUCCCUCCGUAUUCCUUCUUUGCUUCCUUCGGGGCUGCUUGGCCAUGCCACAAUACUGAUAUCACCUAACGGAAUGUAAUAUUUUAGAGCCCUUAGUCAAGGUACAGUACUCCACUGCAGAUUGAGAGCACAAAUAGCUCAGACUAGUGGUAGGUUGACCAUACCCUGGACCAUCCUGUAAGGCUAAUAGACUGAGCGUGAAGCUGGAUAGAACGGCAACUCGACUGGCCAAUGGCUAAUGAACCAUUUUGGUGGGAGUAUGAUCAUACCCUUUGCCUUUGGGCGAAUAGUAAGACCAUUAUGUUGUCGCAUUAAUAUUUACUUUUACACAUAUAGAGUUUACACACAGACUAAUUACAUUGUCUGUUUUUAUCAUCCAUUGUAAAACCAUUGUGCAAUGCUUUAGAUUCACAGGUGAUAUCUCUUUUCUGGGUUACUUCUUUUUGUUUACCAUGGACACCAGGUAUCAUUUUUUGGGGUAACUUUUGUUAUAUGAAACACUCUAGCAGAAUGUCUUCCUCUCUUAAGGUGCUCUCAUUUGGCCACAGCACUAGUAGACUUAAAAUGUUUUGUCUUUUUGACCAAUGUUGUGUAUAUAUUUGGUAAUCACAGCAUUUUUCUAUUAUUAAUCAGGAUUAGGAUGUAAGGAAUUACAAGGAUGGGUGCUGUUAGAUCCAUAGAGCAUCUAUUCAGAAGCAGAAAGCACGAGAAUGAUGACCUCAAAAUCAGAUUUCAAGGACUUAAUUUGUUUACAGAGUGAAAUCAUAGUGGAAUACUGUACCUUCAGGGCGAGCUUAGAUGAACUAUAAUCAGGUGCCAAAGUCUACGAGCACCAUUAAAAUAUAAGCAAAGAAAUUUACAGAUGAAUGCAGAACCCAAUGCAGUUGCAAAAUGUUUUUUAUUUUGUUUUUGUUUUCUUUUUGUGGAGAGGUUGGUUGGCUUCGUAACACGUCAGCUGUUGUUAUAAUCCCCUUCCCCUCUAUUCAUGCCCCUCGUCGGAUACCCAGAGCUGUACAUACUGCAGAAUUUGAGUUAGCUGAGUAAAAAUGUUAGGUCUCCCAAUGAGUCCCUGUUUAUCCCGCCCACUUAGAAUGGGCUUAAGUCAUCUUAGUCCUGAUGCCAUGGUCAAGGUUUCAUCAGAUUUCUUGUUCUGUUUAAUUUUGUUAAUUUGUUUUUAUUUUAUACAUUUUUUUUUUUUUUUUUUACAGUUUUUCAACCUUUGGCACAUCAAGAGCAAGGUUUUUAUUUCCUUCUUAGUGAAAUUCCUUUGAAGUAUAACCAAGGAGCAGGUUGUACCAAAGAUCUGGACUAGAAUGCACUAAAAGCUUUUGCUGUGACUUGAAAGUCAUCUUUCAUAAUAAUUCUGCACAUAAGGUAAAAUUUAAAAAGAAUAACGAAAAACAUAUCAAAUUUAGUGAAUGGUGAUUGUUUUGCAGGCAUACCAUGUCUGUAGAGGCUCACCACUGCUGUGACUUGUCUUUUGUAGUGGGGUGCGUGAAAUGCGUAUUUCUAGUGUAAUUGCAUCUUGGUGGUUCUGCAUGCUUUUUGCACUUUUCUUCAAAUACAAUUUUUUUUUGUUUGUUUUUAAUAAAGGAUUUAUCAUUGUUAAAUUUUUUAGGAAUACUACAAAUAUUAAUUUAUGUGCACUGUCAACCAACUCUGAAAUGUUAGAUUUUGCAACUUGUUUUUUGUACAAAUGCUUUAUAAGUGCAAAUACAAUGUAAGUCAUGCACCUCCCUGUGUGGAUGAUUUUACAAAGCAGUUUCAUUAAAAAUGUACCUUCGUUCUA